GUGGGCUUCGAGUCAUAAAAAUUGGGCGCUGGAACGGCGCCGAACCCUUUCGACUUUGCCGUCAAGCUGAUUCCAAAACAGUCGCAGGAAAAACCCGAAAGGUACACUUGUUAGGUUGAAAAGGUUACCGGUUUACUUAGCAUACUGAUGGCUUGGAGCAGUGGGCGUAGUACCUGGACAUUGGCCACAGUCUUUGUCCUACUGGCAAUUUACUUCAAAGUUUCUCACGCAGACAACAACGGUUUUCUUCUAGGUGUAUCCCGUGAUUCCCCCUCCACCCUCUCUGAGAACACAUUACGUCACAUUAUGCAACUAGUGUCUUUAGGAACAGGUUUAAGGGUUCCACCACCUUUAAGUCUUCGCUUGCGAGAAAAUUCCCUAAAAAGAGCCCGAAUCGCUACUCCACGAGCUCGAAAAACAGAGUUCGUAAUAGGUUCAGAAUUUUUGGGGAAGAGAUCGUCAGCGACAGGAAAAGUCAAAAGGAUGGGUUCAGAAUUUCUAGGGAAAAGAUUCAUAGAUUCCGAAGAAGACAAGAGGAUGGGGUCAGAGUUCUUGGGCAAAAGAAUGGGGUCUGAGUUUCCAGGAAAGAGGAUGGGUUCUGAAUUUUUGGGUAAAAGAAUGGGCUCUGAGUUCCUUGGUAAAAGAAUGGGUUCUGAGUUCUUGGGGAAAAGAUUUGAUCCAGAACAAGAUGAAGAUAAAAGAAUGGGAUCUGAAUUCUUAGGUAAAAGAAUGGGAUCUGAGUUCUUAGGAAAGCGAAUGGGUUCCGAGUUUCUGGGUAAAAGGAUGGGUUCGGAGUUUCUGGGAAAAAGAAAUGAUGAAGAUGAUGAUUAUUACCCAAAACGAAUGGGUUCCGAGUUUCUGGGAAAGAGGGCGGAGGAGGAAGAAGAUGUGGAUUCACAAAGAAUAGCAUCCUCAAUGCAUGAUGGAAUUGAGGAAGACAAACGGAUGGGUUCUGAAUUUCUAGGAAGAUAGCAGACGCGUCUACACAUCCUAUAGUCGCUUCAGCGGAACUUAGGUGUGGAGAAAUGAGCGACUGCCGUGUAUUCAGUGACGUCACAGAUCCAGAAGACACCUACCAGGCAGACUGGAUGCCCGAUGGAACAGCAAAUAAAAGACUAUCCGAAUUCCUUGGCGGCCCUGGAAAGCGGGUGUCGG